AUGAGCUACAUCCACCCCUCAUGGAACUACCCUCCGCACACGGGUCUACCAAUGGACCACACCAUGGCUUACGACCCGUCCAUGAUGCCUCCGCCGAUGAUGCACCACAUGGACGGAUACAUGUACCCCCAUCCCCCAAUGGAGAUGGUCGACUACUACCACCAACCUAUAAUGGACUAUGACGAAUACACAGAGAAUCUGUCGCGUCCACGAUUGACCAAAGAGCAAGUCGAGACCUUGGAGGCUCAGUUCCAGGCCCACCCCAAGCCCAGCAGCAACACUAAGCGCCAAUUGGCCGCUCAGACGAACUUGAGCUUGCCUCGGGUUGCCAACUGGUUCCAAAAUCGACGCGCCAAAGCCAAGCAGCAGAAGCGCCAGGAGGAAUUUGAAAAGAUGCAGAAAGCCAAGACCGAGGCUGAGGAAGCUGCUCGCCAAAAGUCGGAGACAUUGGAACAAAUGUCCGAGUCGCGCCAAACUUCCGCCUCAAAGGAAGAGUCCGAUCAAGCCCCUACGCCUAAACCAGCCUCCGCUUCUAUACCCGAAAGCAAGUCGGCGAUGGAAGCGUCCCCCAACAAGCAGCACAAGAAAUCAAAGAGCGAGUCGGCCCGUGAGGCAACCUUUUUGUCUCUGCAAAGGGCACUCAAUGCUGCAUGCGCUGCUCGCGAUCGCUUCACUGGGCGGGACUCCAAGGCUAAGCGCGACGCCAAGCGGGACGUUCUGCAGGAGGCGUCUCAAGAGGAAGAGGAGGAUUCAAUUUCUCCCACUUCGAUGGCACCGCCUCGUGUCGCCCUCAGGAAUCACGAGUCCAAGGGACAUGCCUACCAGAACUGGCCCGACAUCAAGGAGGAGUCUGCUUCAUGGUCUCAUGGCCAGACCGACGCCUACCCGGUGACAAGUCAAGCUGUUCACGAAAUGCCGAACGGUUCACACUCCAUGCAACAUACUGUGAGUGCGUACUCAGGAGCUCAAUAUCAUCCCCGGACCGAGGAAUGGGCAGAAAGCUCCAAGGACCAGCUCUCGGUGCCUGGUAUGGGACAUGACGGUCUCAGCUACAACAACAUGCAGUACGCUAUGUCCCUGCCGACUCCCGAGAUCUCACUGUCUCGGCGAGAGUCGUCCGAUGCCUUGGCCAAUUCGUUGAAUGGUAUUGGCAUCUGCAACGCCGAUUCUGGACUCUCGCAGUCUCAGAACCGAGUGAAUGGCUCAUGGAAGGAAACGGGCAGAGAACUUGAUCUUGCCGCGAGGCGAAAGCGUCCCCGUCCUGCUGCCAUCGGCACUUCCAACACUCGCUCGUUGGCCAACUCAACCUCCAUGUCCUCUCUCUCGCCCACCGGCCGCAUGUCCAGCGUUUCUGGCAACCCCAUGCGUCACUCCAAGUCAGCCCAGAGUCUCAACUCUCGGUAUGCUGGUGUCAGAAAGGCUUCCGCCGCCCAACGCUCUCCGCUGAAUUUUACUUUCGCCGAGUCUGGCUCCAUGAAGGCUAGCAAGGCUGACAUGCUCCGGCCGUCGGUCUCGCAAUCCACUCUCGCGCCGCCGACUCCAUUAACACCGUCGGAUUUCCAGCAUUUCGUGCCGGCGUCGCCCACGGAGAGCAAUUACUGCCUUUCCGCACAUUCCACAACUCAGUUCUUCCCUUCCUCGCAACCCAUGCAAGUCAACAUCGCAUCACCUCCUGACACACCUCUUGACAUCUACUCUCCCUUCCCCUAUCACAAUGCUGCCCCGCCCAUGUCGGCUCCGGCUCAGGUCGCCAACUUCCCGGAGUACGUGAGCUGUGAGCAGGGUCCCAUGACGGCUAGGAGCUGGCAAGACACCAAUUCUCUUUCCUCGCCCGAUUACCCUAGCGGUCUGCAGGUGCCUCACUCAAGUACCGUGUCUCCCGUGGCAUACGAUGCCGGAGCCGAGCACCCAGGAAAUGCUUUUGGGAUCGAUCACGUCUCCGGCUCGCCCACCUUAAUCUACUCGAUCGAGGACACCGACAUGGCCGGCUCCGCAGAUGCCAAUGAGAGAAAGGCGACCGAGUUUAUGAUGCACGAGUACCCCGGGCAGUCGAUGCACGGGGGGCAAAAGCUCAAGGCUUACACGUUUGCAAGCACGACGACGCCGAACAACUAUCCUCCCUGA